ACACUGCUUCACAUACACAUUUUAACACUGCUUCACAUACACAUUUUAACACUGCUUCACAUACACAUUUUAACACUGCCGCAAUCCACUGCUCUACUUGUAGGACAGACACCUAAAAGACAGGACCUGUAAAUCACUAAGAAAAAAAGAGGAGAGAGAGAAAGUGAGGAAGAGACAGCCCACGAAGCUGUACUAUAGCCCUGCAUCUUGACAAAGAUUUUCUGUUAGCAUAAACUGUGAAAGAGUGUCAAGGACUUACAACAUUGUACAAGUGAACAGAACUGUGGACUGUGGACUAGAGGAAGACUGAUCAAUUCUGGAACAUCACUUUGCUUCCUCUCCCUGUGUUGUUGGUCUUUGCCCGUACAUUUAUGUACUACUGACUCAGGUGUAUGUGUGUCAUUGUGAUCGAUUGACUCCACAGCAUUUGUUUGUCUGUCUGCUACCUGCUCUCUUGUUUGUGUGUGUGUGUUUAUGUGUAGUAUGCGGAGCACAUUUGUGUUGUUAUGCGUGUGUGUGAGUUUGUCCCUCUUCCACCAUACAAAGUCUCAAUCGCCUCCUGAAGGUGACAGCCUCACGGAGUGCACAGAUGGUUAUGAGUGGGAUGUUGGGAGUCAGCAUUGUAAAGAUAUCAAUGAGUGUCAGACCACUGUGGAGGCCUGCCAGGGGGAGAUGAAGUGUUUUAACCACUAUGGUGGUUACCUGUGUCUCCCACACUCUGCCUCUGUCAUCACCGCCCCUGAACCAUCCAGGCAGUCAGUGGCCAUCCUGCCGGUGGAGUCCAACGAGGCCUUCAGCCCCUGUCCUGUAGGCUAUGAUGCCCAGGGGGAGGGCUGUGUAGACAUGGACGAGUGUGUACUCGAUCUUCAUGACUGCCAGCCCAGCCAGCAGUGCGUUAACACUGUGGGUACCUACAGCUGCCAGUGUCCAGAUGGAUACAGUAAAAUUGGUAUUGAGUGUGUGGAUAUUGAUGAGUGUAGAUACAGGUACUGUCAGCAUCACUGUGUAAACAUACCUGGCUCUUUCUCCUGUGAGUGUGAGCCUGGGUUUCAGUUGGCUGGAAACAACCGUUCAUGUGUGGAUGUGAAUGAGUGUGAGAUGGGCGUCCCCUGUCAGCAGAAAUGUUACAACACAUAUGGCACCUUUCUUUGUCGCUGUGAACCGGGCUACAAACUGGGACCAGACGGACACUCAUGCAAUGAUGUAGACGAGUGCAGCUACUCCAGUUACAUGUGCCAGUUUCAGUGUGUUAACGAUCCAGGGAGGUUCUCCUGUAUCUGUCCAGAGGGGUACCAGCUACAGGGCACCAGACUCUGCCAAGAUGUGAAUGAGUGUGAAACAGACAUAGACCAGUGUGGAGAGGGCCAGACCUGUAUUAACAUACAUGGGGGUUAUCAGUGCACCGAUUCCAACCGCUGUCGAGAGCCCUAUGUGCUGACAAGAACCCUAUUGUCUGACAACCGCUGUGUUUGCCCGGUCAUCAAGCCUGAGUGUCGUGACCUCCCCUUCUCCAUCGUCCACCGUUACAUGAGCAUCACCUCAGAGCGCUCUGUCCCCUCAGACAUCUUCCAGAUCCAGGCCACCCGCGUCUACCCUGGAGUCUACAACACCUUCCGCAUCCGCUCUGGGGACCACAAUGGGGAAUUCUACAUACGGCAAAUGAACAACUUCAGUGCUGUGCUGGUCCUGGACCGUGCUGUGACCGGUCCAAUAGAGUACACCCUGGACCUGGAGAUGGUGUCUGUCAACCCCCUCAUCAGCUACCAGACCAGCUCUGCCCUACGACUGUCUGUCUUUGUGGGACCUUACACCUUCUGAGGAGAGAGAUGGAGUAAAGAGAGAGAGCAAGAACAGAAAUAGAGAGUGGGAGGGAAAUGAAAAGAGGAAAACUGUUAAGGGCAUGAGACAGAAACAUUUCUCAGACUUAUUUCUGCUAUACUACUAUGUAUCUUUAAAACAACUGCCUGGGGAAAAGCUAGUUGUGAAAGCAUUCUUCCAUAAUUCUGUGAGUCACCAGACACACAUCCUCAUGCACAUGCACACACACCAGUGGUGGCUGGUGUCACUUUAAAUGGGAGGACAGGCUCAUUAUAAUGGCUGGAAUUGAAUAAAUGGAACUGAGUCAAACUUGAUUUUGAUACUGUUCCAUUUAUUCCAUUCCAGACAUUAUUCCCUCCCUUUACCAGACUCCUCUGACACACACACAAGGACACACGCAUGGCACACUGGGACAGUGUGCAUAUGGCUGGCACACGGGUAUAUCGCAAUAGUUUAAGACAGUUCAAUCAGUAAUAUUCCCAGACAGUUAUAUUAACAGAUUAACCUAUCACCUUGUGUUCACUAUAGUUGGUAUCUAGCCUCUUCACCAUAAUUUCAAUAGUCUGUUGCUGCACAGAAGACUAGCUAAAUUAUAUAGAGGGACAUUGUUACCGAGGAAAUUGAUAAAAACAUCCAUUCAAGGCUACCAUUUCAACCCAUGUUAUACUGUUCUCUUUCUCUCCGUCAAGGAUGUCGUUUUUUCUUUUUUUUUACAACUUACGGUUGUUUUGACAUGUUACUAAAAUUAAAAUAAUUGAAACCAA